AUGACGCACACAGUACGAGGAGAGUCUGCUGGUGACAACUGGAACAUCGGGAAGUUUCUCCCCAGUGCAUUUGCGUUAUACAACGCAGGCGAAUCAAUUCUUUAAAACAAAGUUCAUGAAUAUGCACAAAUACGUUUGUGCGAAUGCGUCGGCAUAACAGUCAAUACAUAUUCAUCUUUUCUAAAGAAAACAUCACAGAUGGUCGUCUGCCGGUCAGUCUGACGGUGUGUGAAAUUACCUGAUGAGACCAAAGGGCACUGGCAGGAGACCCUGAAAGUUGUCAAUCACAAUGCUGGGGACUCAACUGAAUGAUUCAUCAUGAAGUAUUUUAGCAAAGAAAUACAUGGGAAAGACUGAACGGCAGCCAGUGUGGAACCGGAGCCAAAGACGGAGGGAGUCCUCGCUGAGCACAGCAGCCUGCGAAAUCCUAUGACUGCACAGAGGCAGUGAAAUUCCCCAGAGCCUAUCUUCUCCAAGAAAGUCUGUCUCAUCUCUGCAGGGGACCUUCACUCCAGGGCACAAGCAAGUCCUGCAACAGCAAAUCCAGAAUUAUUUUCGGGACCCCAUGGAGACACCUGGUCAGAAGCGAGGGACCCGCAGCGGCACGGCGGCCAUGUCCCCAAACCGCAUCACGCGUCUGCAGGAGAAGGAGGACCUGAGCAACCUCAACGACCGGCUGGCCGUCUACAUCGACAAGGUGCGCUCGCUGGAGCUGGAGAACGCCGGGCUGCGCAUGCGCAUCACCGAGUCGGAGACGGAGGUCAGCCGCGAGCUGUCCGGCAUGAAGGCCGCCUACGAGACCGAGCUGGCCGACGCCCGCAAGACGCUGGACUCGGUGGCCAAAGAGCGGGCGCGGCUGCAGCUGGAGCUGGGCAAGGUGCGCGAGGAGUACAAGGAGCUCAAGGCCAGAAACACUAAGAAGGAGUCGGACCUGGAGGCCGCUCUGUCUCGCCUGAAGGAUCUGGAAGCCCUUCUUAACUCUAAGGAUGCUUCUUUGACCACAGCCCUGGGAGAGAAGCGAACCUUGGAGGUUGAAGUGAGGGACUUAAAGGCCCAGCUGGCCAAGAUGGAGGGGGCCCUGAGCGAUGCCAAGAAGCAGCUACAGGACGAGAUGCUGAGGAGGGUGGAUGCAGAAAACCGCAUCCAGACACUGAAGGAGGAGCUGGACUUCCAGAAGAACAUCUACUCUGAGGAGCUGCGAGAGUCAAAGCGUCGCCACGAGUCCCGCAUGGUGGAGAUCGACACGGGGCGGCAGCAGGAGUUCGAGAGCAAGCUGGCGGAGGCCCUGGCCGAGCUCCGCAUCCAGCACGAGACUCAGCUCAAGCUCUACAAGGAUGACAUUGAGAAGACUUACAGCUCCAAGCUCGACAAUGCCCGCCAAUCGGCCGACCGGAACGGCCAACUGGUAGCAGCAGCGCACGAGGAGCUCCAGCAGACUCGCGUGCGGCUGGAGUCCCUGUCCUCCCAGCUCAGUCAGCUGCAGAAGCAGUUGGCGGCGCGGGAUGCCAGGGUGCGGGAGCUGGAGGAGACCCUGUCCAGGGAGAAGGACACCAUGAGGCGCCUCCUGACCGACAAGGAGAGGGAGAUGGCGGAGAUGAGGCAGCGCAUGCAGCAGCAGCUGGACGAGUACCAGGAGCUGCUGGACAUCAAGCUGGCCCUGGACAUGGAGAUCUGCGCCUACAGGAAGCUGCUGGAGGGCGAGGAGGAGAGGUUGCGCCUGUCCCCCAGCCCACCCCCCGCUCGAUCAGCUACGUCCCGCACCUCGGGGUCUGCCACUCACUCCCGCGUUGUCCAGUCCAGCAGCCAGAGCUCCUCUGCAAAGAAGCGCCGUAUGAACGACACAGAUAGUGAGACCUCCAGCAUGGUAGGGGGCGCUGUGGCACGCACCCGUAUCUCACAACAGGCCUCUGCCAGCGGCCGUGUGACCGUCGAUGAGGUUGACCUUGAUGGGAAGUUUGUGCGGCUCGGCAACAAGUCUGAUCAGGACCAGCCCAUGGGCCACUGGCAGGUGAAGAGGCAGGUUGGCUCACAGACCCCGAUUGUGUACAAGUUUCCCCCAAAAUUCAUCCUGAAGGCCGGCCAGUCCGUCACGAUUUGGGCCUCAGGAGCAGGUGGCACACAUAGUCCUCCUUCUGACCUGGUGUGGAAGACCCAGAGCUCGUGGGGAACUGGAGACCAAUUUAAAACCACUCUGAUCAACACCAGUGGGGAGGAGAUGGCAGCGAGGAAGGUCACACGCACACUAUUCCAUGACGUAGAUGACGAUGAUGAUAUGGCAGCACACAGCACCUGCACCGACGGCGAGUACAACCUGCGCAGUCGCACCGUGGUCUGCGGCUCCUGCGGCCAGCCGUCUGAGAAGGCUUCCGGCAGCUCGGUGACGGCCUGCUCCUUCCGUAGCAGCGGCAGCAGCGGAGGGGGGCUCCCGGAGAGCUUUAUCUCCCACUCCUAUGUGGUGGGCAGCAACAUGCCCCGGCAGGUUGGUCCCAGGGCUGAGAGCUGCGCUGUCAUGUAACACCAAAGACAUCCCUGCUACGUUGGUGACAACAGGAAAACAGCCAUUUUCUAUCCAUCAAAGAUGUUUUUCUAUUUCUUUUAUAUAUGUUAGGAGAACUGAUCUUAUUUUUUCAUAUAUAUAUAUAACCUGCAGGUAUUUUUAUAUAUGGUUAGCAUAGACUUGCUUUUGAAUGAUAUUAAGCGGUGGUAUUUUAUCUCAGAAAAAUGAUUUUUUUACCCAGUUAAAUUUUUGAAGCAUUUACCAAGAGACAGCAGCGUAGCUCAAUUUUCUGGAACCUCUGGCAAAUGGUAGAUUUAACAGAUUGGAGAGAAAGGGUCCCCUCAGUAGAUUAUGAGUCUCGACGGCACAUUUUGGGGACCUGCCAGUGGUUCCAUGCCCCUCCCAUGACCCUGCCAAGAGGACGCAGAUCAGAGAGCGCCGUCGUACAGAAGUUCGAUCCGUACCUGGGUUUCCUGAUGAAUGUGUUGGCUGUCACGAUGUAACACGCACAGCAGUGUUUAUGCAUUAAUGAGUUAUGCCCUCCUACUCACCCUCUGCACUCGGAGUUGGAGAGUUCCUCUACGGUGUUUUAUGUAAGACAGGAGGUGUAAGUUUUCAUUGCACAGAGUGAAAUGUGCUUUUCCAUUGCCUUCCACAUUCUUGGGUUGAACCUCUGGCCUUUAGACUUCCUUGAAGUUUAUGGGUGCCUUCAUCAUAAGUUUUUUGCCAAUCGACUUCUGCAUCACAAAAGAAUGCCGCAAGGUAUACCUUAGCUGUUUGGAAGUAUAUUUAUGAAUACAAAUUUAUAUUUGUAGAAAGUGACCUGGAUUGAUUU